AUGCCCGCAGACCACAGCUCUUCCACCACACCAUCUGGGAUAACCCCCUCCUCAAUCCACACCACCAUCAACCACCUCAUCACCGCCCUCGUCACCAUCCGCGACCCCACCGGCACCUUCCUCCUCCCCCUCCCCGACGGCCGCAUAAUCGACACCAAAGGCUGGCACGACUGGGAAUGGACCCACGGCAUCGGCCUCUACGGCAUCUGGCAAUACUACACCCUCACCCGCAACCCUGCCCACCUGGCCCUCAUCGAAGACUGGUUUGCUGCGAGGUUUGCCGCGGGGGGGACGACGAAGAAUAUCAACACUAUGGCUGUGUUUCUCACGCUGGCGUAUGUGUAUGAGGAAACAAAAAACCCGGUUUACCUGCCGUGGUUGGAUAGUUGGGCGGAGUGGGCUUAUUAUGAUCUGCCGCGGACGCGGUACGGGGGGAUGCAGCAUAUUACGUAUUUGGAGGAGAAUAGGGGGCAGUUGUGGGAUGAUACGUUGAUGAUGACGGUGUUGCCGCUGGCGAAGAUUGGGUUGGUGUUGGGACGGAAGAGGUAUGUGGAGGAGGCCAAGAGGCAGUUUUUGCUGCAUGUCAGGUAUUUGGGGGAUGUGAGGACGGGGUUGUUUUUUCAUGGAUGGGAGUUUAACGCCGACGUUGAAGGGAAAGACGGCGGGAAAGGGGGAGUUGGGGGGCAUCAUUUUGCGGAGGCGAGGUGGGCCAGGGGGAAUAGCUGGGUAACGGUGGCGAUUCCGGAGUUUUUGGAGUUGUUGCGGGAGGGGAACGCGGAGGAUCCGGUGUUGGAGAGCUUUUUGCAGGGGACGCUGAGGGAACAGUGUGAGGCGUUACGGCCGUUGCAGGAUCCAAAGACGGGGCUGUGGCGGACGCUGUUGGAUGUGUCCGAGGAAGAGGGGUCGUAUCUGGAGGCGAGCGCUACGGCGGGGUUUGCGUUUGGGGUGUUGAAGGGGUUGAGGAAGCGGGAUUUGGUCGGGCCGGAGAGGGAGAAACUAGAAGAAAUGGCUGUGAGGGCUGUCAAGGGGGUGCUGGCGAAUGUGAGUGAGGAGGGGGAGUUGUUGAAUACGUCGUUUGGGACGGGCAUGGGAAGGGAUUUGCAGCAUUACAAGGAUAUUCCGGUGACAAGUAUGCCGUAUGGACAGGCCAUGGCCAUUAUGGCGUUGGUGGAAUAUGCCCGGCGGUUUAUCUAA